CUCCGCUCCGUGCCCUCCUCUUUCUAACUCCCAAUGUUCACCAGCAGCAUGCGGUCCACUUCCUCGGUGUUCCUAGCGCUGUCAGCCCUCGCUCUGGAGGGUUUGGCUGCCACAUACAACAUCGACACAACAUACAUUGGCACAGACUUCCUCAACUCCUGGACGCAUGAAACUCUCCUUGACCCCACCGGGGGAAGAGUAACAUAUGUGGACCAGGCGACGGCACUGGCCGAUAACCUCACAUACGCAAAUGGUGAUACGCUCAUCAUGCGAUGUGACGAUACGACCGUGCUUUCGGCAGACGGGCCUGGAAGAAACAGCGUCCGUAUCAAAAGUAAUGCGCAGUACACGACGCACGUCACUAUUUUCGAUAUCAGGCACAUGCCGCAAGGCUGCGCCACCUGGCCAGCGGCCUGGGAAACGGACGACACUGAUUGGCCAGAUGCGGGCGAAGUCGAUGUGAUUGAAGGUGUGAACGAUCAAACGCCGAACACAAUAUCUGUUCAUGUAGGCAGCACCUGCUCGAUGCCCAGCUCUCGGGACGAGUCCGGAACACCUGGAUCGAACAACUGCGAUGUCAACACGGACGGCAACAGUGGAUGUGGAGUAUCAAACCCCACCGAUAAUAGCUAUGGUCCCGACUUUAACAGUGCCGGUGGAGGAUGGUACGCGAUGGAGAGAACAUCCAGUGUUAUCAAUGUCUGGUUCUGGACGAGGACCAACGGCGGCGUUCCCUCAGACGUAUCCAGCGCUGCGAGUUCAAUUGACACUAGCAACUGGGGUCAACCCGUUGGAUACUUCCCCAACACAGACUGCGACAUUGGCUCUGUAUUUGGCGCGAAUAACAUCAUCUUCGAUUUGACCCUCUGCGGUAACUGGGCCGGUCUCUCCUCUGUUUACAGUGCUGCGGGAUGCCCCGGCGACUGUGUCGACUACGUGAACAACAACCCCAGUGCAUUUUCCGAAGCUUACUGGGACGUCGCCAGUGUCAUUGUGUACACAUAAGUGUACCUCAAGCAGGGCUCUUUCUUCUGAUAACCGUCAUGACCCCUUACGACUUUUCUAUUGGUUCGUGCAACUUGCAUCCUCUCGAUGUUUGGGAAUCAAUUGGCUUCCUAUAUUCCACGCUUCUGCAUGGGUAAGCAUGCGGAGCAUCUUGUAUCACAUACGUGCCGAUUCCUUUUGCCUCGUGUCGUGCUUAGUGGAAGUCUUCUGUAGCAUUAUCGUCGAUGUACACAGCACCCCUUCUAUCGUAUUAUUGUCGCACUC